UGGACUAGACUGAGCUAUCGUGCUCAGCGCGUGCAGUUCAGCAACUCGGCAACUUCGUUACGGUUCGUGCCACGAGUCGGUAAGUGAGUAAGUAAGUAAGGACGGAUUGUGAACCAUGGCGGAAAUUUGUGUGAAUGGCGGAAAAGCUACGUUUGACAAACCCAAGGUUGAACUGCAUGUGCAUCUUGAUGGCGCCAUCCGGAUCGAGACCGUACUCGAUGUGGCUAAGCGGCGAGGUAUCACCCUUCCUGCAACCACGGUGUCUGAGAUGACUAGCCUGUGCACGGUGGAUAAGCCGGGAACAUUCACCGAAUUCCUGGACAAGUUUACUCAGUACAUGCAUGUCAUUGCAGGGGACAGAGAGGCCAUUAAGAGAAUCGCUUAUGAGUUUGUGGAGACCAAAGCUAAAGAAGGAGUGAUUUACGUGGAGGCGAGGUACAGCCCGCACCUGCUGGCCAACUGUGACGUGGAGCCGAUACAGUGGAACCAGGAAAAGGGUGACGUGACACCAGCCGAGGUGGUGCAUCUUGUGAAUGAGGGCCUAAAGGAGGGAGAGAAGGCCUUCAAGAUCAAAGCUAGGUCCAUUUUGUGCUGCAUGCGGCACAUGCCAAACUGGUCCAUGGAAGUGUUCGAGUUAUGUAAGAAGUAUCGAAACGAUGGUGUAGUGGCCAUAGAUUUAGCAGGAGAUGAAUCUAUAAACUGCACAGACUUUCCUCUUCACAGCAAAGCCUACGAGGAAGCAGAGAAAAGUGGCAUCCACAGAACCGUGCAUGCGGGAGAGAUCGGCCCUCCAUCUGUCGUGAGAGAGGCGGUGGAGGUGCUGAGAGCGGAGCGUAUUGGACACGGUUAUCGCACCAUCAAUGAUGAGGCUCUGUACAAGCAGCUGCUUGAACGGAAUAUGCAUUUUGAGACGUGUCCAGUCUCCAGCAAACUGACAGGAGCUUGUGAUCCGGACUUCACCAAGCAUCCACUCAUCAGGUUCAAAGAAGACAAAGCAAACUACUCUCUGAACACAGACGACCCUAUGAUUUUCAACUCCACCCUGGAGACCGACUACCAAACUGUUAAGCAGUACAUGGGCUUCACCGAGGAAGAGUUUAUGCGGCUGAACAUAAAUGCAGCCAAGUCCUCCUUCUUGCCUGAAAAGGAGAAGAAAGACUUACUGAAUCAGCUCUACGAGGCCUACGGCAUGAUCAACGACACCACCUUCUAAGCACAGAUCAGCUAACCCUAAGCAGACCGAGUCUUUCUGAUACACUCCCUUCGCCAAACUCUUACUGCAAUAACAAAGAGCGCUCCUACUAAUGAAGUAUUAGCUUGUUUUUUUUGUUUGUUUUAUUUCUAUACAAUACAAUUUAUAACAAUUUCUAUUUGUGAAAUACAGUUUAUACAAUUAAAUACAAUUUUAUAAUGGUAUAAAUAUUAAAUCUAUUUAAUAACAAACACUGAAAUGUAAAUCCUUCUGCCUCUGUGGCUGCAGUGCAGACACCGGUACAUCGCAGAGGACAUACAAACAAGAAAAGUAAAUGGAAAAGAAAUACAGAAACUGGAAUUAUUGUACAUUAGGGAUAAUGUAUUUAUUUGAUGUCAAGUUCAAAAUUAUUUGCUCCCUUCAUAAAGCAUAUGAUGGGAUGCGUUCAGAUAAGAACAAAAAUGAACCCCUCGACACGAUCAACAAAAAAAUUAUAAUUAUAUACACACACAACACAAAGCAGCUGAUAUGCAUGGUAAAAUAUGUAGAUUGUUGUAGGAGGAUAUUUUGGCCCACAACCUUGUGGUUCAGGCUAGACCACAGAUAAAACUUUCUUCUAUUGUCUCCAACCUGUUACAGGCCCAGUAAUGGAGUAGUAUCCAUAGCAGGAAUCACAAAACAUCAAUUGCAAGGAUACAUUUUAAUGUGAAGCUAGACGUAAUUGCUAUAUUUAAUACAAAAAUAAAUAAAUACACAAUGUAUCUUAAAAUAUUACGUACUAUGUUUUUUUUUUUUUAAAUGGAUGGUGCCAAUAUAUCUGGAGUGCCGUGUACUACAGUACAUCAGUUCGGCAUGUGUCUAAUAGAGUUUGAAGAUUUUAAAGAGAACAUGUUUUCAAUUAUUUUUACUACAGAUUGUUGUGAUUGUGUAAUCAUAUAUUUGUAUGCCUUUUUAAUAUUGUUAAUGUAUGUGAAUCUAUUUUUUUAACACCAUACACACAUGAAAUGAAAUGUGUAUAUUACUUUUACUGGAAUGCAAGGAACCACAGUGUGAGUCAUCCCUGUUUUACAGUACAGCAGUUAAAUAAAAUAGUUUAGAAACAAAAAAUGUAAUAAAAAAUCUAAAUAGGGGGUUUUGGCUCUUGGUUGCUUUGCCUGAAUUCAGGAGUGUAACUGAUUAUAGUUUUACUUACAACAAAUAAGCGAAUGUGAUUAGAUUUGUGAGUGACUGAUUAAUUCAAUGAUUUAUAACCUGCAUUUUUACACCAUGUCCAAUUUUUCCUGUAAGUGUAUACCAAAAGUGUAUUAUAACUGCUGUGUCUGAGAAAUGACAUGCGUUCAUAAAAAGGUUUUUGGAUUGAUUUGUUAA